AGUGACGUACGAUCCAUGCAUUGAUUAUCAUAUUUAAUACAAUAAAAUUACGAUAAAAUAAAGAUUGCGGAAAGUCGAUUGAUCGGACAUCUAACAGCUGUGUAUAAAAUUAUUGUGAUGGUAGACAUAUUAGAAGAGAUUCUUGAUAAAUUGAGCAUCAACGGUAUCUACGUUAAAUAAUAUAUAACACAUUUCUUUUGUAGUGUUUUUCGACCUUUAUCGCAUAACAUAAAAAGUAUUUCAAAAAUACAGUUUAUCAAUGAAACUAUAUUCAGUUUUUCUACGCUGCUCACAGCGUUACUUCUCGACUGAAUCACAACGAAAUAUAAACGCCAUCAAGUUCGAACAUCUGAGACCGGAAGUGGUGCUUAGUAAAGAAAAUCGGAAAUCCUUUAUUGAAAAAUUCAAGAAUGGUAUAAUUCCGGAGAGAUAUGAUUCCAAACGCAUAGAUAACAAUACAACUCAAGCUGCUGUUUUAAUACCAUUAUGUACGAAUAAAGGAGAGCUAGGUUUCAUAUAUACUUUAAGAUCUACAAAAGUAACUGCGAAUCGUGGACAAGUCUCGUUUCCUGGUGGUAUGUAUGACAAGAAAGAUUCUAACCUGGAAGAAACUGCAUUACGUGAAACAUGGGAAGAACUUAAAAUUCCAAAAAAGAAAAUCGAUAUUUGGACUUCCGGUAAUAUAUUCGAUAAACAGAAUGUCAAGGUUUUGCCUGUUUUCAGUUAUGUUGGCGAAAUUGAUCCCGAAAAACUUCAAAUUAAUACAGAUGAAGUAGAAGAAGCUUUUUUUUUCAGUUUGAGAAAUCUUUGCGAUCUUUCAUUGUGUCGGUUUACUCAUUUCCGUGACAGUUAUACUUUGCCAGUUUAUUUGGGUGGGAAAUAUCGCGUUUGGGGUUUCACUGCAGCAUUAACACAUAUGGUUUUAAGUGCUCUUGUACCUGAUAUUUAUAAACUUGAAUUCAUUUCUUUACCAAAAAUUUUACCACAAAAAAAAGAAUAAAAAUAUUUGUUAAUCGUGACAUAUAUUUAAUUUGUAUUUUACUUUUUAUUUAUCUGUAUAUAUGUUAUAAUCAAUAUAUUACACAAAGAAUUUAAAAAA